AAGGAGGCGGCCUGACCUUGGAAGCGGAACGGGGUCCUGCGGCAGGUCCUUCCGGGCUGGUGACAUUCAGCCGGCCAGUCGGCCCGACGGCCUUUCAGUCCUGGAACCAUGGCCCAGUUUGUCCGUAACCUCGCGGAGAAGGCCCCGGCGCUGGUCAACGCUGCUGUGACUUACUCGAAGCCUCGAUUGGCCACAUUUUGGCACUAUGCCAAGGUUGAGCUGGUUCCUCCAACCCCUGCUGAGAUCCCUACAGCUAUUCAGAGCUUGAAAAAAAUAGUCAAUAGUGCUCGAACUGGUAGCUUCAAACAGCUCACAGUUAAGGAAGCGCUGCUGAAUGGUUUGGUGGCCACUGAGGUGUGGAUGUGGUUUUAUGUCGGUGAGAUCAUAGGCAAGCGUGGCAUCAUUGGCUAUGAUGUUUGAAGACCAAUUUUCAACAUAUGAUCAUAUUUGGUUUAUUCUUGGACCAUGUAUUUGAAUAAAAUAACGUGUCAGAA